UCGCUUUUGAGAUUGUAACUGUUCUGUUGCUCUUCUCUUAUAACAUGUAAUGGUCGUCAUUCCUCACAUGAAGUGAUACAACCGCGACGCCUCUGCUGAAUCCUGAUUAUGUCUAUCCGUCCUCCAUCAUUCUCUCUGGAUCCUCCCUUCAGCGGCCCCAAUUCCAAUUCUGCCAGCGCCAACUCUGCCCAGGCCAAUAAGGACUGUAAAAUGGCGUCUGCCGAGCAGUUGGUGCUUGAGCUUGGUAACCCUGAUCUUAGAGAGAAUGCACUUCUUGAACUCUCUAAGAAAAGGGAAAUAUUUCAAGAUUUGGCCCCAUUGUUGUGGAAUUCUUUUGGUACUAUUGCUGUACUCUUACAGGAGAUAAUAUCAAUAUAUCAUUGUCUUUCACCAACCCUAACAUUGGGAGCAUCUAACCGAGUUUGUAAUGCACUUGCUCUUCUUCAGUGUAUAGCUUCUCAUGCAGACACAAGGACAUUGUUCCUAAAUGCCCAUAUACCUGUGUAUCUUUACCCUUUCCUCGAUACAAAAGAUGCGACAAGGCCACUCGAAUAUCUGAGGCUUACCAGCUUGGGUGUUAUUGGUGCCCUUGUAAAGGUUGAUGAUACAGAAGUUAUUAGCUUCCUUCUCUGUACGGAAAUAAUCCCUAAGUGCCUGCGCUCAAUGGAGUACGGUAGUGAGCUUUCAAAAACAGUGGCUACAUUUAUAGUUCAAAAAAUUCUGUUGCAUGAUGAGGGGCUGAAUCAUAUUUGUGCAAAACCAGAGCGGUUCUAUGCCAUGGGUGGUGUUUUGAGAACCAUGGUUCAGUCUCUUGCCGAGCAGCCCUCUCCUCGUCUGCUGAAACAUAUCAUCCGUUGUUAUCUUAGACUGUCAGAUAAUUCAAGCGCUUGUAAAGCAUUAAGAGAUUGCCUUCCAGAGAUGUUAAGGGAUUCAACCUUCAAUGGUUGCCUCCAUGAUGAUCCAACCAUCAAGCGGUGUUUGCAAAAGUUGAUUCAUAAUGUUGCAGAAGCUGGCAAGGUUACUGCACUUCAAUCUGGAGGAGGAAUUGAACAUAAACCAGCCACUGAAGAAGCAUAG